UAUGUUGGAAUUAAUAAAGACAGAUAAUGUUACAAUGGAAAGAUUAAUGAAAGUCCAAAAACUAUUUGAAAUGAUUUAAAAGACUAAUAUUACAAAUAUGAUAAUAAUCAAAAUAACAAAAGAAUAAAUAUAAAACUUGAAUGAUUAGGAAUUAAAUUAGUAAUUUGAAUAAUUAGGUGAUGAAUUAAGAGAAAUAAUGAUUUAAUAAUAAGCAAGACAGUUAUAAAGACCACAUAAGAGAGAAUAUGAAAUAUUAUUUGAAAACAUGUAAUUAGAGUAAUCGACUUUAAGGAUGUUGGAAACCGUAAUUUACAAUUAAGUGCUACUAAGAAAUGAAAAAAUAUGAAAAUA